UGGGUCGACACGCUGUAAGGUCAGACAUUACUCUUUAGCAAGGAUCCUCAGCAAGUCACCCUAAAGCCUUUUGAAUGGCGCUUAGUGUAAAUACGGGCUUGUCAUCGCCUUUCAGAGAGAAUCUCUCCAGGUUAUCUCACAUUCCAUUCUGGGGAGAAAACCAGGCAGCUUAUGAGACAACAUUUCAGCAAGACUUCAAAUCGUUUGCGUCCUUAACGAAAAGAGCUGCUAUUCAUCAACCCUCUCUGGCAAAAGUAGACCAGAAGGAUCUUCAGCAUAUCAGGGAGUACGAGACAGAGGUGGCCCACUCCUUCCCUCCUCAUCGUCUUUCACCUCUCAGCCGCAUCCCAGCAUGGACCAAACUGACCACCAACCUGAAAAUGCAUUCAGACCAAAGAUACAAAGACUUCCACACCACACAGGCUGAAAGUUUCCAGCAUCGUCCCAUGCCAUUAGCUGUGCCCAGGCCGGUUCCUUUAUUCUUAGCUACCACUGUGACUCAGAGAGACGAAAAACUUCCUGAAACCACUCAGAAAGAGUCAUAUGUCUCGCACGAGGUCUCACCGCUUGUUCGAGCGGAGAGAAAACACCAAGGUCAGUGAGGUCAAGAUUUUUAGCGUUGUCUUCUCAGAUUUCAGAUAUUUCUGUUCAGCGUGCAUAUGAAUAUUUGUGGGUUAGAUGCAGCACCAGGAAUCACAGGAGACAAAAAAUUCUCACUCUUCAGCUCCUCUUACAAUGAUGCCUUCCAGUAUAGGUGGUCUUCUCCUCCACCAGCCACUGAGAUGGUAGAAUUUCAAAAAACUUUGUCAUUUAAUGUCUCAAAUCAAGCACUUGAUUCUUGAGCACCCCAUAUGUAUUCCACAUGUCUUGCAGCAAUUCCACUCUUCCUUGGUAAUGGGAGACAAGAACAAAAUAUCAGAAAAUGAAACCACUCAUUCAGCCUCUUUCCAUUAUACAGGCAACCAGAGCCCUGUAUUGUUAAAGAAGCAUCUGAGUGUCAACCUUGGAGAUCAUCCAGAUAACAAAUGGACCACCACUACCUCUGAAGCUUUUAAGGCAAUUAAUCCUGAGCGAGUUCAUAUCCACUCAGGAAACCUAACUCAGUGCUCUAUACCUAGAGGUGACACGGACACAAAGCGCAACCAAGAGAGAUCAACAUCUACAACCAACCGAUUGUUUUUCUCAGAGGAAAACCACAAACAGUUGCCAGUUCGCAUGGAUAACCCAGGCCUCAGGACCAAGAGUAAUGUUGAGUUUGGGAAUCUCCGUAUAGCAGGAAUGUUUUACAACACAACAACUCAGGAAAGCUAUACACAUAAACAUGUGACUCAAGUCAAGCCUCGGGUUUAUCCGUCUGGUCGAGUGCUGGCAGAUCAAGAGCCUGGCCCAGCUGUUACUACUGUGCAAAGUGACUAUGUUCCACUAAACACUAGAAGAAGUGUUUUAACCCCUGAGCAGCUUUAUCAGAUUAAAGUCAGUCACAUCAAACCUCCUAACAGUGAAUUUUACUUCACAACAAGCCACAAAGAAGAUUUUUCAAUUAAACCUAAUUCCAAGGUCUGUUUGGACAACCCACCAAGACAACUUAUCAGCCACAUACAAUUCUGAAACACACACACACACACACACACACACACACACACAGACAGACAGACAGACAUAUAUAAUGGAGGUAUGUUCUUCCAUGCUUGUUACAUUUGUUAGAAUGCAUUUAUAUCACUGUUCUGUUAAAUCCCAGCUUCUGAUUGGUACGAAGGUGUUGAUGUUAUAAAAGCAGAUUUGAUAGUAUAUUUCACUGCAAGGCUGAUAUUAAGUCACUUAAACAGAUUUAUUUUAAAAUACAUGUAAUGUAUUUCAGUGAUCAACUUUUCUGAGCACGCGUAAAUAAAAAGAUAUUUUUUGCCGCAAAUACAAGACAGCUUCUCACCCAUAGAACACCAUGACCACAUGAUGACAGCAGCAUCGUGCCGCUUUUCAGCUGGGACUGGGGCAAUGGUUAAGAUAGACAGGAUAUACAGAUAGAUCCAACUACAAACAUUUUGGCACAAAUCCUACAGGCCUUUAUUAGACAGAUGACGAUAAACAUGUUCACCUUCCAGCAUGACCUUCCAUAACAUGCCAAAGAACAAAGACAGGUCAAUAAAGUAAAUUUUCGUACGGCCCAGUCGGAGUGCUACAUCUAAAUCCUAUCAAAAACAUGAAUGACUUGACUUGAAGACUGAAGUGGUUAAGGCUCUGGGUUGUUGAUUGGAAGAUCAUGGUUUAAGGUCUAGCACUGCCAAACUGCCACUGUUGGGCACUUGAACAAGGCCCCCCAAACCCACCCUGCUCCAAGGGUGCUGCGUCAUGGCUGACCCUGUGCUCUGACCCCAACUUCCAAGGAUGUGAUAUGUGAAGAAAAAAUUUCACUUUGCAGUUAUGUGAAUGUGACAAAUAAAAGCUAAUUAACUUAAGAAGCUGUGCAUGGGAGAUCACAAUACUGGGGCACUUUUUACAAGAAAAUUGAGAUAAAAUUCAAAUAAAAAAAUAUAAUAUAAGUUAAUUAAGGACUGUCCAUAAUUAUGAAACCAGGUUAUUGAAAGUAUUUUUCCCAAAAUGUUUUUAUUUUUCACUUUUUGUUGCUGUAUCCUAUUAAAGUUAGAAAUAAUCUGAAUUUUUUUUCUCCCUUUUUUUUUUUUUACAUUAUAAAACCCUGCAGUUUUAACAGGGGUAUGUAGACUUUUUAUAUCCUCCAUUAGACCUGGCAGCUGUUUGGAGACUAAUUGUGAAAUCGCCGCAUGUCCUACAAUGUUUAUGUCAUAGAUAUCAGGGUUUGUUGAAAGCAACAGAUGGUCCAAGCGGCGACAGUAAACAUUAACGGUAUUGUGGUUUAUAUGGGUUUUGAGAUAAUAUACUGAAUGAAUCUUGUAUAAACAGGUUUUGACAUACAGGCACGAUAUGUCAACAAUUUCACAUAGUAAAACAUAUAGCUUUAUAUUAGAGACAGUUUUGUACACUUGUAUGUGGAGACUAAAUAUUUGAUCAGGCUUCAUCAACCCACUGUUUCUACUGAACUGUUUGCCACCUGGUCUCUUGGGACAUUCCUGUUGAUUUUCCUCUAAACAAACACAGAACAUUUUAGUCCUCCGGCAGCCGUAUAACCUUGAACCUGGAUAAUUUUUGUUUGUCAAACUUUCAUUGUUGACCAGAACUGUAUCAGCUGACUUUUGCCUAACAUCACCUUUAAGGGGAAAUAAGAUUCAUUUUCACUUUGUUUUUCUGAAUAAACAAAGUGAAUUUCUUGCCUCUUUAACAUACCUGACCAAAGACUCUCCUGUUUACCAGCAUGUAGAACAAACAUCUGUGAAUUUUACACAGAUGUGCUUGUCAGCAACUAAUCUAUGAAUCAGCUGUAAAAAAGUAGAGAAUAUAUUUGCAAAUGUUUUGUUUACUCAGUGAAAACAUUACAAUUAUCUCUCCAGUCUCUCCGGGACUUCUUGCUUUUGUGAUUCGCAAAAAAUAACGCAAAAUCAAGCAAACACCAUGAUAUAUGGAGGAGCUUGCAAUAUUUAGAAAUUUUUUGCAGAUUUGGACCGAGGCAUGUCAUAUGACACUCAAAGUGUCAUCACAUGGUUUAGAAGAUCUGAUUUGCCUGAUUAAGGUCUUCCUUUUAAUUGAAGGAACACAGACCAAUGAUUUUGGAACCUGUAUGGUUUCCCAGGCAUCCCACAAUGCAGUGCAUCACAAUGCAACUGCAGAAAAUGAGGCAACAGCAACAUCCGAUCCGGAUCUGCUCUCCUCCAGCUCUAAGUGUAAAUUUAUUUCUAUUUACAUUCAAUACACAGAAAUACAAAUUGUGAGUGAGUGUGUAGACAGUGCACUGUGAUGGACUGGCAUCUCUUCUAUAUACACCAAUCAGGCAUAAUAUUAUGACCACCUGCCUAAUAUUGUGUUGGUCCCCCUUUUGCUGCCAAAACAGUCCUGACCUAUCGAGGCAUGGACUCCAAUCCUUUAAGUUCUGUAGGUUGUGAGGUGGGGCUUCCAUGGAUCAGACUUGUUUGUUCAGCACAUCCCACAGAUGCUUGAUUGGAUUGAGAUCUGGGCAAUUUGGAGGCCAAGUCAACAUCUCAAACUCGUUGUUGUGCUCAUCAAACCAUUCCUGAACCAUGUUAUAGCCCACCCACUAACAAGUGCCACGAUGAGGAGAUAAAACACCUGUCGGUGGUCAUAAUGUUAUGCCUAAUUCCUGUUGUAUUUUUGGGAUAGACUCUGGAUCCACCAGAAUAAUGCUCUUACUGAAAAGAAUGAAGAAUGGAGCAGGGAAAUGUGCAGGCAGCAGCCUUGAUGGAAACCUUACUGUUCCUGAGGGAUGAGCUGCUGCUCCGGAUCCAGAGGAGAAAAAGAAACACACAUCUUCAGUAAGAUGGUUUAUAUGGUCAAAAGUAUGUGAACACCAGAACAUUACACACAUGAGGUUCUUUUCCAAACAGUUGCCAUUCAUUUGAAAGACAGUGCCCCUGGGCACAAAGUAUGCUCCAUGAAGACAUUGAACUAGAAGAUCACGAGUGUCCUGCACAGAGCCCUGACCUAUGUUCACAAUCCAGAGAAAUAUCAUAACAGCAAAGUGAACACACCUAACCAUUCACAUUUUUUCUAUUAACACAUAUUUUCUGUUAGCAUGAUAGAAUUUAGAAUGUAAUCAAAUAGUAGGUGGUAUUUUAUGUAGAAUUGGUAACAAUCUGAUUACACAAUUUUCUUUACAUGCUUUACACACAGCUUAAAGUAAAGAUAAGACUUGUUAGCUAACUUCAGCGAGCUGGCCAAUAUAGUUCAUUCCCAGCUAAGUAAAUAUAAUAUUGUUGUUCAAUAUUUGUAGAUAAUAUAUCACGUGACACUGUUUCAAAUAUUAUGCUAGAAUUUUGUUUAAGAUUAAGAUGUAUCUACAUAUUAGUGCUUUAGGUAUGAUUAAUGGUUAAGCAGGUGGAUUCCAUGUUUUCAUUUUUUUUCCCCUUUAAACCCUAACCCCUCCCCAUGCCCCACCCAUGACCAAGAAGCUCCACCCUCAGGAUCUACAGAAGCCUAUAGAGUAGUGUCUAUAUACUGAGUGACAGGAGGCAUAUCCAAACCCAAUCAAGCAUUCCAUAUGGGUUUUCUCAGCCAAUCAUGAAUGUUUGUUUAGCCUUUUUCUAAACAAUUAUUACUGUUAUUAUUUUUAGUGUGCUCUGUAUG